UACUCUGGACUACCGGAGCACACAGUUAAGAAAGAAGACCCUGGUUAAACGUCUACUAAAGGAGUAAACAGGGAAAUUUUUGAGAUGAAUAAUGUCCCACCUGUGUUCACAAACACAUCUGCAGUCAUCAGGCGAAGUCUGGUGUUUCUAGCAGUACUAUUGUACUUGUCCAGUGCACACGCUUUCCCAGCCCUAGAUGAGUCGGAUCUGUCCCAGGGUCCCGAGUACUCUGAGUACAAUGAUGAUGGAAUAAUAUUUGAUGAUGGAUAUGCGGAGUCAGAUGGGUAUCUCAGUGCUCCAAGUAAAAAAGCAUGGAACAGUAACUUCUCAGGUGGAGUAGGGAAAAGAGCUUGGAACAGUAACUUCUCUGGCGGACUAGGAAAACGAGCCUGGAACUCAAACUUCUCCGGUGGGUUGGGUAAACGGGCCUGGAACAAUAACUUCUCAGGAGGAAUUGGAAAGCGAGCUUGGAACAGCAAUUUCUCCGGAGGUUUGGGAAAGCGUGCUUGGACUUCCAACUUCUCCGGUGGUGUUGGCAAACGUGCAUGGAACAGUGGGUUCUCAGGUGGAGUAGGAAAAUGAAGAUUUUGUACAUACUCUACCCCUGACAUACAUGUACACUGUUGUACACUGUACACCUAUCUGGAUCAUCACAUUCGAUUAUUAAUCAAAUAUCAGCUGUUUAUUUAGUUUAACAGUAUGGCCGGGAUAUAUCAGAAAUAUUUGUGAAUAUUUAUAUUUUACGGAAAAUUGUAUAAUAUGUUAAUAAAGUCGGCAGUUGCAAAUAUAUACACAUUGUCUACAUUGUAAUACAUUUAUGUACAAGAAAUAAAGAAUACAUGCCCACCCUCAAA